AUGAGCAGUUUCCCCGCUUUUCGUCUCUGUGGGAGACUCCUACGACCGGCUCCUAUACUCUCGGUAACCAGGACUACCCCCUUGACUCGCCUAGCACCAUUGAGGCAAGUGCACAUGGACUCCAACACGGUCGAGCCGCGCUUUGCCGAGGGAGAAGAUGCGGCACAGCUAGGCCUAGACACGCAGACAUUGCUACAACAGCAAGGAUGGGCCCUCGAUGCUGAUGGGAUGGGUGUUACUAAGACGUUUUAUUUUAAGAGUUACUUUAAAGCGGUGUCAUUCGUGAAUCUUAUCGCCGCCGAAAGCUCAGCAAAGAAACACCACCCCACGAUGACCGUGCGAAUCGGUUCUGUCGAUGUCCACUGGACGACGCAUCGCCCGCGCGGCCUGACGCAAAAGGACAUCGCGAUGGCUCGUCACUGCGAUAAUGGGGCCGACCUAAUGGGCGUCGUAGGAAGUCCCACAGACUGCUUCGACUUACUUCUGUUCGCACGGAACCUUCUUGUCGACGGCGAGGCUACCUACCUCGGACUCCUAGCCAAGCAGCAAGAGGAGAAGUGGGCUGCUGUGCCGAAGAUAUUGAGGACUGGAACAAAGGCACCGCUUACGUUCUCGCACGAUGUUCUCCGGAAAAUCAAAUGUGAUAGCGCAGGCGCUUCGGCAGCAAUGGCGCCGAUGGGAGACGUGCAGCGCAUGAUCGGUAACCAGUAUUUCCAAGCCCGGGGAUUAGUGAGCCACGCGCAAUUCGCGGAGCAGCUCGACCGAAUUCUCCCAAAGGCGAGAAAUGACUUUGUGCGGGUACAUGCGCGCAACGAGAAAGAAGAGCUGGAGCUCUCUCGCGCGUGGCCGUUCGAUUUACCGGAUCGCGCCUCGGGUCAAGGCAUCGCGCCUGAUAGCGGCAAGAAGGUUACGAAAGAUGGCAAAGAGUACAAGCGGUACAAGUGGCAAAUCAACAAGAACGAAAGCAAAGAUUCCCACAAAAUAUGGUCCGAAGCGGAUAUUCCAAUUACUUCGGAUGUGCGCGAAAGAGGCAGUUGA